AUGGGGCAUAAGCAAAAAAACGAUUGUGCUGAGCUUCUAAAAAUUUCCAAGUUAAUCAUUUGGGACGAAGCUCCAAUGGCUCAAAAAUAUUGUUUUGAAGCAUUGGAUAAAACACUCAAAGAUAUUAUGACUGGAUCAAAAUCUUCAAACAUAAUAUUUGGAAGAAAGGUUGUUGCUUUCGAUGGUUUGAUACCAGACAAGGAGUAUCUUAGCUCGGCUACAGUGGAUAAUUAUGAUGUAAAUGGAAAUGAAGCUUUCGACAUUUUGACGAAAAAGUUUCAUAACACACUUAUAACCUCAGGUCUUCCUAAUCACAUAAUUAAAUUGAAAAUUGGCACACUGAUAAUGCUUCUCAGAAAUAUUGAUCAAUCAGAGGGACUUUGCAAUGGAACAAGACUUAUUGUUACAAGAUUGGCAAACCAUGUGAUAGAAGCGAAGAUUAUAUCUGGAAAGAAUGUUAGGGCUUUAAUUUAUAUUCCAAGAAUGGACAUUUCUCCCACUUAG